GUCAGCAUAUGCUCCAUAGGGCUUAUGGUAUACCCCAAAGAUGAAGCCACAAAGUCCCAAAACGAAGACAGCAAGGCAGCGCGAGAGACAAGGCAUAAAAAUAAAUGAAUAACAUAAAAAUAAAUCAUACGCCCCAUCGGCCACCCUGUAAAAAGUAAGCCAAUACCGUAACCAUUACCCUCGCUUCAAAAUCACACCCCAACCCAAAACCCAAAACCUAAGACCCAAACGCAAACCCAAUGGAUGUCCUCCCCCCAUUUUCAUGGCGCUAAUAAAUGCUUAUCGAAGACGCAUAAAGCGAGUAAAUUCGCAGCCAUUAAACGGGCAUAAAACUCGAAGCCGGGGCCGAAGCGAAAUUGUGGGGCCGACAAAUCAAAGUACAAGCCUCAGGACCAACCUCAUUCUCCAAUUUCCCUGCCCUGAAAUAAAACCAGGCAACAAUGAAACCCAAAGCGUCUCCCAAGCGAUUUCGAUGCGGGCAUUCAUCGGUCGAGCCAAGGAAUUGGCCACCCACAAGACCCAAAACCCAGAAGCCAAACCCCCAGUGAACCUGCCACCCUCGGCACCUCCAUCACCCCAUUUAAAGGCCCUUCCUUCGAGGCAACACUCGCUAUAUAACCAUCUUACCCAACGUUGACAGCAUACAAAGUAACUUAAAUCGAAACAAUAAAGCGGCAACUUUGUUCCAAGAAAAAAUGCAAAGGAAAGCAAAAGAAAGCAAAAUGAACAGGGAAAAAACGUAGAAGAAAGCUCGAAAGAAAGCAGUAGAUGUGUGGAAAUGAAAAACGAGCGAAGUAGGUUAUACCCUCAUGAGUUCUAUAUUAUUCGCAAACAUUUUCCAAUAACCCAUCGAACAAUGUAUGUUAUUAAAAUACUAGUAUUUUGCAUCUAAUCAAGUAAGCUUUACUUUGUAAGGCAUUCGAUUGCUUAGCAUGAAAGAUACAAAAUGCAAUACCAAUUAGGGUAUUUGGAACACCAUAAAACGCCGCUGUUUAAACUUCCGAUCGAAAUUCCCAUACCAACCAGCGGGGGUAUUAUUACAAAAAUGUAGGAAAAGUCGUGAAGGAAAGUUCCCAAAGAAAUUGAGCUGCAGGCGAAGGGAAAGCUGGGAACGGGGCGAAAAAAGAAAUGUAGAAAAGCGCAAAUAAAUGAAUGAAUAAAAACGCCAAGGAUAGCGAGGAUACUAUACUGGCAAAGGACUCGGGCUGCAGGGAACAGUGGGGACAGAAGGGAUAGUAGGGCGGCAAAGAACAGAGUUCCACAAAGAAAUUACAAAAUGUAUGCAACAAAAAA